UGUUUUUUAUAUUUAUAUUUUUUUUUCUCACAAUGUAACAGCUUCUUAAUAAUAUUAUCGUAUUUUUACAAGAACGUCUUAAAUUUAUUUUCCUCAAUCAUUAUUUCUUUCUUAGUUUAUAAUCAUUAUACAUAGUUAAAAGUUUCAAAGUUUAACGUUAUUCGUUUCGAUAGACAACCAAUUUUACAAUUAACUCAUAAACAAUAAUUUCUCUAGAUAGUCCUUUCAAAUUAUUCGUCACCUCAAUUUCUUACCUAUUUCUUUGACACAUCGCAUCCUAAAUGUUCAGUAUCUGUUAAUGUAUUUUUCGUUCAAAUUUUAAGUGUAACAAUAUCAAAGGUUUUCAAAAAGAUAUGAAAAAAAACGUGAUAAAACAAUUUAACGUUGGUACUUCGCGGCAUGAUUUUACGGCGAAACCCUACGGAUUUUGUUGUGACAUCAAAGACCACGAUCCGAGAUUAACUAUUGAAAACAGAAGCGUUGGCCCGCUUUUUUGUCCAUAUAAUAUAACAGGAGGUGGGCCCGAUAUCAGGUUUCGUAUUCAAGAUGCCGACAGUGUUUCACCUUCCUCUCAACGCAGCGUUCAAAGGAGUACUCAGAGAAUUGGUCAGCGAGGUAGACGUCGAAGUGGGUAUCAAAGCCGACAGCGAGGUGGAUAUGAUCGACAGCGUGGUGGAGAUGAUCGACAGCGUGAUAAAAAUCGAAGGGCAAAUGAUUCGCGAGUUGGAUGGGAUGAUGAACCGCGUGAUGGACAACGUGACCGGCGGAGUACUUACCGGCGUGGUACUUCGAGAACUGAUAACAACAAAACUGACGAAUCUUUACCUGAACCAAUGAUCUGUAAACGAUGCAGAGGUCCUCUCAAAUGGUACUUGGAAGAUGAGAUCGCAGUUGCCCGUGAUAGAAUAAUGACCACACGGCAAGAGACAUAUAAUGCGGAAAUGGAAGAGAAUGUUAGAAUCGCUAAGAAAAAGGAAAAAAUGAAACGACGUAAAAGGAAAGGAAAAUCAAUAACACCCGUAUCCCAAGAUGAAGAAAAAUCCUAGAAAACGAAACAUUAUCUUACAUACAUACGUUUUGUAACUGAUUAAAUGGAAUGAUUGUUUAAUAAAGAAGUUAUAAUCGAAAAUAUCUGAUUGUUAUCUCAAUAUUGUAUUUAUUAUCACUUUACACUGAAAGUAAUCAAACAUAUUGAAACACGUAUUAGAAAAUAUAUUUUAUUGUAAUAGAAAUAUUUACAUAGCCGCACACUUACCGGAGAACGCAAUACUGUGAAUGCACUACCCGAAGUUGUUCGAUAUUUAUAUUCCAAUCAUUGUACGUAUGUACAUAAUUUAUAGUGUCCUUGCAUUUUUUGUUUACAACGUACCGUUUAUAACAUUGUUAUUCAAUAAGUUAAUAUAAUUACAAUGUCAAUAUCUUCGAGUGUUAACAAUAUUUGUAUUGGUUCUCUAAAAUCAGUCACACACGAACUGUUAUAUACACGCAUAAUUAAUAAUCAAUACUUGAGAUAGACGAUACAAAUUCAAAGCUACAUAAAUUUGUAAUUUACGUUAUCAUCGUUAGUAUUGAUUUUUUUUUAAAUAUGCAUAAUCGCAUGUAUAUGAUAUUGAGUCUCAAUAGUAGAAAUAAUAGCAUUAUAAUUUUCAUAGGUAGUCAUUUUGUCCGUGAGUGUGCUGUUCACAUUAUCUACCAAUUUUUUAUUAUAGCUUUGAAAAACGGUCGGUUUAUUAUGUGACAAUAUAUUUCUGUUGAGGCGCAACUUAAAUAUAUAAUAAUAGUAAUUUUAAUAUUAAUAAUAAUAAUAAUAAUAAUAGAUAUACAUAAUAUAUAUAAAUGGUUAAUCACAAUUUAUUGUAUUAACCGUUUAUGAAAAAGAUGCUCUAUCAUCAAUUAAUAAAAUACAACUUAUAUAUCAACUGUAAAAUGUGUUAUAUCACUCUUAAAGCCAUUUUAAUGUGACCAUAAAGCAUUAUUUAAAUAAAAAAACAACCUGUUUGUAAUAUACCUUGCUCAUCAAAAUUAAUUUCUAGUUCCUGUUUUUAAUAACAAUUUGAAAAACAUAAUGACAUACUGCAUUUGGUAUGAUACAAAUUAAAUCUGUUGUACAAAUUAUAUUAGUAUUAUAACCAGUUUAAUUUGGGUCAACGUUAAUGCUUUUAAAAGGAUUAUAUAAUAUCAAGUAUAAGAAUAUAAUCGCAGAAAGAAGAACAUUAUACAUUCGUUUUCAUUGAGAGUGUUUCUUCUUAACAAUAACAAUAUUAAAGCAUGUACGUAUAUUUUCAUUUAUUAUGAAACAUGCAUUUUUAAUAUUGUUUGUCACUAACAAUUUGACAUAAAUUUAUGAAACCUUCCUAAAAUUUCAUAUGAAGAAUAAUAAUUGCAAUAAAUUAUAUAUAAACUAACACCGGUUUACAUUGAAGUGAAAUUGAUGAAAUUUGCAUACAUCUAUGUUAAAGUUUUGUAUGAAAAUAAAAUAACAAUAGCAAUAUUUAAUGUUUGGAACUUUAAUUUUCUAUUAUUUUUUAUUAAACUCCAUGUGAAAAACAAAACGAAACAUUAAUUAAUUUAUAUGAUGAGUACGCUCUUUUAUUACUCUUUGGUAAACCACCGGAAUAUAUUUUAUCAUUAUUAUUUACGUAAACAGAUUUUUGUAUUAAUAUAAAA